CUUGGAGUUCAGAAGGAAGCUGAGAAUCUUGCUGAGCCCUGACUCACCCUUGCUGGCUCUGGGGUUCUGGAAGAUUGGAGGAUGGGACCCUUCAGCUCUGAGGUUUCCCUAGAGCGGCCUGGCGCCAUGGCAACCCACCUGCUUCCCAUCUGCGCCCUCUUGCUGACCUUGUUCACCGCCACAGCCCGAGGAUCCAGGGACUUUGUGGUCCCCAACCAGCCCUUUUCCACCAUCUGGAACGGCGACACCCAGGGAUGCCUGGAGAAUCACAACAUAGAUGUGGAUGUCAGUGUCUUCGAUGUGAUGGUGAACCCAAAUCAGGCCUUUCGUGGCCCUGACAUGACCAUUUUCUACAGCUCCCAGCUGGGCACCUACCCCUACUACACAUCCAAGGGGGAGCCAGUGUUCGGUGGCCUGCCCCAGAAUGCCAGCCUGGAUACCCACUUGGCCCGCGCAUUCCAGGACAUCCUGGCUGCCAUUCCUGAGUGCAACUUCUCUGGGCUGGGUGUCAUUGACUGGGAGUCGUGGCGCCCACGUUGGGCCUUCAAUUGGGACAGCAAGGACAUUUACCGGCAGCGCUCCAGAGCACUGGUCCGGGCAAAGCACCCCCACUGGUCAACUCGCCAGGUGGAAGAGGCAGCCAGGAACCAGUUCCAGGCAGCUGCACAGGCCUGGAUGGGGGACACGCUUAAGCUGGGGGAGACACUGCGACCCGGUGGCCUUUGGGGCUUCUAUCAAUUCCCCGAAUGCUUCAACUAUUACGAUCAUAGCCCUCACUACACAGGCGAGUGCCCGCUGAACAUCCGUGAUGAAAAUGACCAGAUGGGGUGGCUGUGGAAUCAGAGCAGUGCCCUCUACCCAAGCAUCUACCUGUCUGCCUCGCUGAAGGGCACUGGGAAGUCACAGCUGUUUGUGCGGCACAGGGUGGGCGAGGCAUUCCGAGUGGCCCAGAGUGUCGGGAAACCCCAUCUGCCCGUGCUGCCGUACCUUGAGAUCAUCUACGAUACGACAAAAACCUUUCUGCCCAUGGAAGAACUGGAGCACAGCCUUGGAGAGAGUGCGGCCCAAGGAGCGGCAGGAGUGGUAAUCUGGGUGAGCUGGGAGGACACGAGAACCAAGGAAUCAUGCAAGCGCAUGAAGAGAUAUGUGGAUACCACGCUGGGGCCUUUCAUCCUCAACGUGACAAGUGGGGCUCGUCUGUGCAGCGAGGCCCUGUGCUCCAGCCAUGGACGCUGUGUCCGGCGCCCCAGUCACCCUGAUGCCCUCCUCAUCCUCAACCCUGCCAGUUUCUCCAUCAACCGCAAGCCUGGUGGUGGCCCCUCCACUGUGGAAGGGGACCUCUCACCUGAGGAUCUGGAGCAGAUGGCUACAGAAUUCGAAUGUCGCUGCUACCAAGGGUGGAGUGGAGCAGGGUGUGAGAAGCAGGGCACAUGGUGACUGGCCACAAGCCACUCACACACACACACACAUACACACACACUCAUUGAGUACUAAUGCACUCAGCUUGUCCAGACUCAACAGUAUGCUCAGGGUCAGGGAAAUGACUCAAAGGGCUGUAAGCAGAUGAUCUGCAGGACAAAAGCCCCAGUUUCAUACCUGAUCCAGGACCUGGAGCCACCUUGUUCUAAGCACAGAGUUGGUAGUAGUCCCUGGGUACUGCUGGGUGUGGUCCAGAAGCAGAGUCCUCUCAGCCAUGCUCAUUCCUGCAUGUGCACACUUGCCUGAAGGUGUUGCACGGGAGACUUAGAAGCUCGGACAGGCGCUGUUUUCUCUCCCCAAGCACCCAGCAGCGGGAUCGUGCACAUCUUCAGGUGACUCUGAGCCUGUUUUGAUUACUAUCUUCACAGAGGUCACCUCAGUGUUACUGGGCUACAAGGUGGGGGGCAGAUCAGCUGCUGGGGAUAAAACUCAGGGCAUCAUGCAUGGAAGGCAUGUACUCAACUCAAGAGCUAUCUCCCUCUGGGAACUGCAGCUGUUCCAAGAACUCACAUUCAGCAGUGCCAACCCAUUAUCAAGUUCUAUACUGAGCAUUUAACCAGCCUAUUUCAUUCAAUCCUACCACCAACACUCUGAGGCGAUAGGACACAGGCAGGUAAAACAAAGGGUCAGAAAAGAGAAACAAGAGGGGCUGGAGUGGCAAAUGGGUAGUGCAUGAGGUCAGCCGGGAUCUCAUAUGGUCCCUUGAGCCCGCCUGGAAUAAUCCCUGAGCACAGAGCCCAAGAUAAACCUUGAGCAUGGAUUGGUGUGGCGCAAUAAUGAAAAGCAGAGAAGAUAAUAAAAAGAAAGCACAAAGAGGAAGAAAAGCCCUGGAGUUCCUAUGGUGUGAUGGUCCGACCAGCAGCCCGAGAUGACACCUAAUUCACUCAGAAGCACCAGCCCCUGACACUAGAGCAUGCAUGUUUCUUGUUUGGAAAGCUGUUCAUUGAGCACUAAAAAUGAUCUGGCUAAGCACAACGGUGGCUGGUUAUGGGCAUCUAUAUACAAACUUAAGCACUAAUGUAGCCCUAGCA